AUGAGCACAGUAGCGAAAUCCAUCUCUUGCUGCUCGUCGUGGAAAGCCCAUUAUCGGCUCGUCUCGGCUCAAGCUCGACAAGAAAAAGUUCAGUCAAGAAUCAGACAGGGAGAGGGUUCGUGUGCUGGUCCGAAAAAUGAGGAAUUUUGGGGCAUGGUUAAUCGGAGGGCAGUUUUGGCGUCUGGGGUUGUUGCUUUGGUUUCAUCGGCGGCAGGUUUGGGGGUUUCCGGUGAGGGAUUGGCGGUGGUGAAACAGGGUCUUCUGGCAGGGAGAGUCCCGGGCUUGUCUGAACCUGAUGAACAAGGUUGGAGGACGUACCAAAGGCCAGACGAUAAAUCAGGUGGGCACGGUGUUGGUUGGAGCCCGAUUAUACCUUACGCAUUUUCUGUGCCUCAAGACUGGGAUGAGGUUCCUGUCUCGAUUGCCGACCUUGGAGGCACUGAGAUUGAUUUGAGAUUUGCAAGUCCUAAAGAGGGACGCCUUUUUGUGAUUGUAGCUCCUGUUCUAAGAUUUGCAGAUAAUCUUGGUGAUGACGCGACUAUAGAACGGAUUGGGACUCCUGAGAAGGUGAUAAAUGCUUUUGGACCAGAAGUAAUUGGGGAAAAUGUUGAAGGAAAAGUCGUAAGUUCUAAAGUAUCAGAGCACUCGGGUAGGAAAUAUUACCAGUUUGAGUUAGAGCCGCCACACGUCCUAAUAACAGCAACAGCGGCAGGCAAUCGCCUCUACUUGUUCAACAUUACUGGAAAUGGUCUUCAGUGGAAGAAGCACUACAAGGAUCUCAAGAAGAUAGCCGACUCUUUCCGGGUCAUCUAA